CUACUCUCCCUUCCCGUCCUUUCAGUCUUCGUCGUUCAUCCAAAAGCCCCAGCAAGAAAUGGAGCGAAACCAAAAACAAGGAGGAGGAAACGAAGAAGAAGAAUCCAACGAAACCCUGGAUUCGAGCUCGAAGCUGUACGAGGCCUACAACGAGCUCCACGGCCUGGCGCAGGAAUUCUCGAUGCCGUUCGACGCCCCGGCGAUCCUGGUGGUGGGCCACCAGACCGACGGCAAGAGCGCCCUCGUCGAAGCCCUAAUGGGGUUCCAAUUUAACCACGUCGGCGGCGGGACCAAGACUCGCCGCCCGAUAACCCUCCACAUGACCUACAACCCCUCGUGCAGCCUCCCCCGCUGCUGCCUCGUCUCCGGAGACGGCGACGUAGAAGGCUGUGGGGAUCGUCGAAUGAGCCUCGAGGAGAUACAGGGUUAUAUUGAGGCAGAGAAUAUGAGACUGGAGAAUGAGCCUUGUCAGUUCUCGGAGAAAGAGAUUAUUAUAAGAGUUGAAUAUAAGUAUUGUCCUAAUCUUACGAUAUUAGAUACGCCCGGUCUGAUUCUUCCUGCCCCUGGUAAAAAGAAUCGAGCUUUGCAGGUUCAAGCUCGUGCAGUUGAAGCACUUGUCCGAGCUAAAAUGCAGCAUAAAGAGUUCAUCAUAUUGUGCCUUGAGGAUUGCAGUGAUUGGAGUAAUGCCACUACACGCAGAAUAGUUAUGCAGAUUGAUCCUGAGCUAUCAAGGACUGUUCUAGUAUCCACGAAACUUGAUACAAAGAUCCCUCAAUUUGCACGGUCUUCAGAUGUUGAAGUUUUUCUUAGACCGCCUGCUCGUAUAUUGGAUGGCUGCUUAUUGGGCGAUUCACCUUUCUUUACGUCCAUUCCUUCUGGAAGAGUUGGCUCAGAACGUGAUUCUGUUUACAGUUCAAAUGAGGAAUUUAAAAAAGCCAUCUCCUUGAGAGAGUUGGAAGAUAUUGCGUGUUUAGAGGAAAAGUUGGGUAGAUUGUUAUCAAAGGAGGAAAGGAGCAGAAUUGGUGUUAGCAGCCUUCGGUUGUUUCUGGAGGAGUUACUACAGAAAAAGUACAUGGAAAGUGUUCCGCUGAUUAUCCCGCUUCUUGACAAGGAAUAUCGAAGCACAACAAGAAAGCUUCGCGACAUCAAUCAGGAAAUCUGCAAUUUGGAUGAAAUGAAGCUAAAGGAGAAGGGACGUGCGUUCCAUGACUCGUUUCUGGCUAAGUUAUCUUUGUUACUGAAGGGUACUGUGGUAGCACCUCCUGAUAAGUUUGGAGAAACACUACAAGACGAGAGAACUAAUGGUGGAAUGUUUAUAGGAGCUGAUGGUCAGUUUUCGCAGAAAAUGAUGCCUAAUGCUGGGAUGCGUCUUUAUGGUGGUGCACAAUAUCACCGUGCAAUGGCAGAAUUUCGUCUCGUUGUUGGUGGUGUUAAAUGUCCUCCAAUUACUAGGGAGGAAAUUGUAAAUGCAUGUGGAGUCGAAGAUAUUCAUGAUGGUACUAACUACUCUAGAACUGCUUGUGUAAUUGCUGUCGCAAAAGCCCGUGAUACCUUUGAGCCUUUCCUCCAUCAGUUGGGCUAUAGGCUUCUAUAUAUACUUAAGAGGUUGCUCCCUAUCUCAAUAUAUCUUCUGCAGAAAGAUGGUGAGCAUCUAAGUGGCCAUGAGGUGUUCCUAAAGCGUGUUGAGGUUGCUUUUAACAAUUUUGCUGAGACCACUGAACGAGCAUGCCGUGACAAAUGCAUGGAAGAUUUGGUGUGCACGACUCGCUAUGUUACCUGGUCCCUCCAUAACAAGAAUCGUGCUGGUCUCCGCCAAUUCCUUGACUCUUUUGCUAGCAUGGACCACUCUUCUUUUGGUGGAAAUUCUUCUUGUUCAGCGCCUACUCAGCAAAACUCAUCCUUGGGGCCUGUUAACAAUGACACAAAACUUGAUAACAAGAAGACAGAUACAAACUCUUGUAGUCAUACAACAGAGACAAGACUUGUUGAUCUUUUGGAUAGUACAUUAUGGAAUCGGAGGCUUGCACCGUCUUCUGAAAGGAUUGUGUAUGCAUUAGUGCAUCAGAUCUUCCAUGGCAUUAAAGAACAGUUUUUGGUGUCAACUGAAUUAAAGUUCAAUUGUUUUCUUCUCAUGCCGGUGGUUGACAAGUUACCUGCACUUUUGAGGGAAGACCUGGAGUCUGCAUUCGAAGACGACUUGGAUAGUAUUUUUGAUAUCACUCAGCUGCGGAGCUCUCUUGGACAGCACAAAAGAGACUUAGAGAUUGAACUGAAAAGGAUAGAUAGAUUGAAGGAGAAGUUUAGGGAGAUACAUGGGAAGCUGAACUCAAAUUGUGUUCAUCCGAAGAACUUCUCAGCUUUGGCAUAAUCUCGCUAAUGCAACUAUGUAGAGUAGUGCGCAUCGCAGUUUUGAUUUUUGUUUCCAGUGGAAAUAGGUUGUUGAAAUCAGUUUUCUGUUUAAUUUUUUUGGGGGGCAAAGAGAGUCGAAAAUGAGGAAUUCUUUAUGCAGUGUUUUGUAAUCUAUAACAUCUUUAUACAUGUAAGCCUGGCCCUUGUCACUUCAGUGAUCAUUUUGUUGAAGUUGGGUUACUAUCUGUCAA